UCCCCAAUCAAGUUCACUUCUUUGACGCGAAGCUGAUGAUGAAGCUUGAAAAGUAUCUAUAACAUAUUGCAUAAUAUCGAUCGCGUCGCUCUGCAGAAAUCACAAUAUUAAUUUUCUCACUCUCUUACUUCUCACGAGAAGUUAACAACGACCAUGUUUUCAUUAUGUCGAAGAACCUUCGCGUAUAUUCGAAUUACACCGCAGCUUCAAUUUGCUGAGUCCCCAGUUGCCUAACAAAACAAGAAGGCACGAUCCAACGAAGAUAAAACUACGAAUACAAUUUAUCUCACAACGUAUUGAAUUCGUAAUGGAUGUUCCGAGUUUUGCUGAUCUUGGGAAAAAUGCAAGGGAUGUUUUUAAGACGGGGUAUCACCAUGGUAAAGGCCUUAUCAAAUUCAAUAUCAAGACCAAAUUCGCCAAAAGAUUCCAGCUGACGAGUGAUACAACGUUGAAUUUCGAAGUGUCAAAGCUAAGCGGAUUAAUGGAGACAAAGUACAAGGCGAAUGCUGGAGCUUUGCUGUUAAAAUGGACGACCGAUGGUGUGCUUUUCCUGGGAUACGAGUUUAAUGGGCUGCUAAUGAAGGGCGUUGAUUUGCUCUCCGAGUGCUCUUACAAUCCGGAAACGGCUGCGAAAAGCGUGAAAGUCGGCUCAAAGUUCGUCAGCAAGAGAAUCAACGCAUGCUGCGAAAUCUCCAACGAUCUGGAUUCGGGCACCAAUUUACUCGGCUCGGUGGUGGUGAAAUGCCGGGAUCUGCUUCUGGGCUACCAAGGUGGCUACGACACAGUCUCGAACAGGAUAACGAAAAACGACGUCGGUGUCGUUUAUGGUUGCCCCGACAUUGACCUGCACUUCCGAUGCACCUGCAUACCGCACGUGUAUGGGCUCUCCGUAUUGUACAAAGCGAGGCGCGAUCUGGACAUCGCGGCGAACGGCAUAUACGCGAAACGAGGCGACGUGCAAAAAUGGACAGUCGGCGCCGGAGCGAAGUGCAAGAUCGACGAGAGGUCGACUCUGCGAUUUAAGUUUAACACGGAUCUUCAGUUCGCCACAAGUCUCCUGCAAAAGAUCAGCGACGGUGUCACGCUGAUCCUCUCAUUCAACAUAGACUGCGCGAAUGUCACCAGAGGUGGCCACAGAGUAGGACUGGCACUCAACGUCGAGGCUUAAACUCAAUUCUUAAUCUACAACGGAUUUUGCAUGUCGGAUUUGUGCUGUCCUUUAUAUUGUUUAUUGUAGGUUAAUGGUUGUGAAAUCUGGCCUACGAUCGAUCGACCACAUAUCAGCCAAAAAAUAUAACUGAAUUUUUCUU